AUGGCUAGAGACCAGUGUUUGAAGUGUAAAAAUAAUUUAAAUAUCAGUGCACAAAGUACAGUUAAAUGUGUAAAGUGUGAGAAGUAUAUUCACCUAAAGUGCUUGAAUAAUACGAAAGAAAGUGAAGAUUUAAACCCAGAAACUACAAAUUCCUAUACCUGUCAGCGGUGCCAUGUGCUUGGUGAGGUUAAGGGGACUCAUGAACAUGUAGAUGAGGACGAUGAAGAUGACAGUAAUGGAUCUUUUAGCCUAAACUCAUCGAGUGCAUCGAGCAUAUCAGUUGAAGGUACCAUUAUUGAAGAGACUAGAGUAAAAGAGCUGGAGAAAGGUCUAAGUUCACUUCAAGACAAAGUCCACAGUUUGUUGAGUAGAAUCGAGAAGUUAGAGAGUGAAAGGUGUCAGUGUAAUAAAAAGCAAGAAUCAGCCAGAAGAAAUUUGGAAAUCAAGAUGGAUAAUAACCAAAAUGUUGUUAAUAUCGAACCAAGAACUUCAGUAAAGUCAGAAGUAAACAAAAUAAGAAUGAUCGAGAAGGAUAUCCUGACUGCUCCAAUUGAUAUAACGAUGGUACACUGUGUUGGAAGAGAUCUGCUUCUGUCAGAUGGAAUUGCCAAACGAAUCAAAGAAAGAUACCAACUGGAAGAAAAGCUUAAGGAAAUUGAUACUACUGGAAGAGUAGCCGUUCAGACGACUGGGGCAGGAAGAAAGAUAAUACACCUAAUUACCAAGGAGAAAUCUAAAGACAAACCUAAAUGGAACGAUUUUAAAAAAGCAAUACAAGAACUGAGAAGCCACUGUGUAGACAAUGAAAUAAAAAAGAUCUGGAUGCCAAAAAUAGGUUGUGGUCUAGACAGACUAAAAUGGAAGGAAGUAAUGGAGCUACUUAAAAUAGAAUUUCAAGAAACCAAUGUCGAAGUAACUGUGUGCUAUCUUGGUGAAAAAGAAGAGAAGGAGUAUAGAGAGACGAUUAAGAACAAGAGAAUGAAGAAAGAAGAAAUAAACGUAAAGCCAAAAAUAGAAGUCCAUGGUGAUAGCCAAGUAAAAAAUCUAGGAAAGAUCAUGAACCAAGAACUAAGAGAAUUCAACACACUUGUAUUAGCUAAUCCUGGAGCAACAACUAGGAACAUUACAGAAGAGCUAAACAGAAAAAGAGCCAAUCUGACGCCAGAUGACUGUAUUGUCUUUGUCACUGGGUCAAACGAUGAAGAGCUCUAUGAGAAUAAUAGAAUUGAAAUGAUCUCUCAGGCUAAUCAUACCAGAGUUAUAAUUACUAGUGCCCCUAUGAGGUAUGACCACGAAGAGUUCUACAGGAAUGAUAUUCUCAGGUACAAUGAAAAGCUAAAAAAUCUGAUCGAAAAGGAAAGACAAAAACUAAUUGAUCCGGGGAGGAUCCAAUACAUAGACUUAAAUACCAUCCUGGGAAGAUUUCAUUUUACUGAACACGGCCUACACCUAAACGUGAAAGGGAAGGAAAAACUGACUGAAGAAAUAAUGAAGAUCCUAUACAAGAACAAAGAGGAAGGAGAUGAGGAAGAUGCAGGCUUUGGCCUUUUUGAUUAA